AUGACACCCACGACGGAUACGCCGAAAACGAGUACCCACCACCCACGGGGUAUGAGCACGAACAUUCCGACCCCCUCAAGAAGUUUCAGUUCUAGUUCAGGUACUGGGAUACCUGCAUUUCGUUCUCUUCGUUCUCUUCUACCUUUUGGACCCGGAAAAUCUUCUUCGUCGACCCCAGCAAAGGCUGCACCGUCGACCUCUUUUUCUUCUGCAAGCUCCCCAUCUGCAACUGCACCAAAAACACCAAAUUCAAAUUCAAAGUCGUUAUCUAAAGCCGCUGGUCAUGGCUACAGCUUGUCGGUAUCACAGACCCAAGGCAAUAGUUCGUUUGGUGCCGGGAGGUCAUUCACCGCGUUCGGGACUGUGAGACGGUCGAUGACAAAAGAGAGAGGCAAGGGCGAGGACGGGAGUAGACCGUCUGGCUCGUUUUUGCGCCCGCCAACGAAAGUCAACCCCGCUGAAGAAACAUUCGAUGAUGUGAUCGCCAUUGGCCCGGAGGCUUCAACGUCAGCGAUAGACGUGUCUGCAGAUGUUACCCAAGAAUCCGGGUCAAACACGCCUUUGCGGCGGUCGGUGUCGUAUCCACGGCUGGAUAAGGACGUCGUAGAGCAGGACAGCCGCGACUUGUCUACUAUCAUCGAAGCGGAUACUUCAGGGCUAUCACGGUACCUCCCAGACCUCAACACGUCCCAGACUUCUUCACCUUCACGGUCGCCGCCUUCUCGAAACUCGCCUCUCACCCGGACCCAAUCCGACUCUUUACUCCGGCCGGUUUCUACGUUCCUCGCAUCUGGGUCUUCCAGUUCUCGAUACUCGGCUUCAACGCAACCCUCGCCGACAGACAAUGAACUGGAACUGUCCGUGUCGAACGUCCAAGGCCAAGUGCUCGACGCGCUUCUUGUCAAGGAUUACGCCGCCGCUAGGGAAUGGCUUGAUUCUGGGGAUGCUGUCGUUGUUGACGAUGAUGAAGACCUCACGCAGACACAACCGCUCCGCAAAGCCUCGCCACCACCAGACAGCCGUGUUUCCCUAGAACUCGGACCUCUGGAUCCCGAGCUAACAGCUCUUCUCUCUCCAAAUCGGCUGUCAGGGUCUUCGUCGCCUAAACGACAAUCCCUCUCUUCCCGUCGCAGUUCUGUACAGCUUUCGUCACGGACAUCUUCGCAGCGAAACUCUUUACCGACGCCCUUUAGCUCAGGUCAAGGCGCUGAGAAUCCGCCGUCAUCUCUUCCUCGACUUCGCUCCCCCGUCUCCAUUCCUUCACGCUCACCACUCGUCCUUCCUUCGUCUUCUUUGCCAUCACUGUCGCCCCUCGCUUCGCCGCCCAUUUCUGCCUCGCCUCCCCAUUCUCCAUUUGUACCACUACCUGUAUCCAGUAGCCCCCGUCCUUCCCCACUUGCAACCACCACCAUAUUCCCUAGUCGGUCGUCUCGGCAGUCGUCCCCCGAGCGACGAUUGCAACACUCCUAUCAGCCGGCUCCACCUUCUCCGCUGAGAGGCGAGAGCUCCGGAGCUUCGGGGGAUCUUGAGAAUCAGGAGCCCAGCCUAGCGAGUGCUGAAGGUGACGAGGUCAAGGAGGCGAUGAAGGAGAGCACUGAAUCGCAGCGUAUACAGCGCGACUACCAAGCGCGAACCAAACCCUCGGCGCUGUUACCGCGGCUUAUCACUCCAUCUCGCCAGCCGAGCAGCCCGUCGUCACCUACGAAAGAUACAGACCCUAUGCCUGAAGCUUACGAGGCUCGUCUGCCGUCCCGUCGCACAUUCACUACUCCGUCUCCCGCGCUCCAGAUUCCUCGCUCCGCGAGAAGCUUGUCUAACCGCCCUUCACCUGCGUCAUCAGUCGUGGGCGAUGGCACUGUCAACGCGUCUCCUGCGACUACGUCAAUGAUUAUGGAUGAUACACCUUCCUCGCGUCCUAGACCCAGCCUCGACGAGUCGCGUUUGGAGAUGAUGGGAUCAUCGAGGACGUCAACAGGGCGUCGUGGCCUCACGCACAUCCAGAUGAAGACGCGCAUGAGGAAGCGAAGUAUGAGUGUCGAGAAUGGUAGCCCAGGCCUCAGCAUCGGGAGUGCUGCUAACCGUGGUUCGCCAGGUGAAUUCGGGAUGUUGUCAGUUCCAAGAGACGAUGAUACGACGCUGAAUGGGCUGCGACCCUCGAGUUCGCUCUCGAAUCGCCGUGAAGGCGGCAGUAGUGGGUCCCAGAGGACGCUUGACUGGAUGGGUCCACGUGCUGCCACUAGGGCAUUCGCGGCUGCGGGGCUUCUACCUUUGGACAGGGACAGGGAUCGGGAGUUUGAGCAGGACAUGGACAGAGAGCGGGAACGGGAACGUGAUAGGCGGUUGGAUUUGGCAGGUAUUCGGUCUGUUACCCCCACCUUGGAACGGACGAAUUCCCGAGCCGUCACACCGAACAACUUUGGCGGUUCGACGGCCCAGGGAUUGAGCCGCUACGGUUCUCAACGAGGUGGUACUUCAGAAUUCCGAGCGCAGUCACGUAUGGCAUUCUCGGAGAGUGCUGGGCCCAGCAUAGCAGGCAGUAGGAAGGGGAGCGGCUCGUAUUCGGCUGCUAACUCUCACAACAACACCCCUUCAAGCUAUGGGAAUUCCUCGAGCUAUGGGUCUGCGACAACGGGAACGCGGUAUACUAGAGAGCGCGGAGGAAGUGUUAGUGUUAGUGUGGCUGGGAGUGCAGUGAGCCCGUUGAUGGAUAGCCCGACGUUUAGCGAGAGCAUGAGAGGCCGAGGCACCCCGAUGAGCGUGUCGACGGCGCCUACGUCUAUAUUGAGUGGCGCAUCCGAACGAGGGAGAGGCUUUGUCGGCGACAGGGAGCGGGAUAAGGAGAGGGAGCGAUUGGAAGCUGAGAUGGAGCGAAUGAGGGACAAGCACUCUCUAGAAAUGGGGGCUCUGCUAUCCGCGCUUUCGGAUUCACAACGAACGACCAAGGUAUUGAGGGAAGAGAAUACGUCGCUGCGGGAUCGACUGGAUAGUGCGCUGGAAGAGGUGCAUAUGCUGAGGACCCAGUGCGAAGAACGGAAGUGGGAGGUCGAGAUGCUGCGAGGGAAUAGCGGCCAUGCAGGAAACGAGAGCGUGUUCGGUGGUGGGGGCGUUGCUGAUGGCCGGAACUCUACUCCCACACGAUGGCGGAGUCUUCGUGGAUGGGGUAGUGAAGCUGGAGGCCGAGACGUCGAGGGCAAUGCGUCUAUUGGGGGACGCGCGAGAGGUUUGGGUCUCGGUCUUCCGUCAGUGCUGCAGCGUCAUCGGGAACGGCUCGAACCCGGCUUUAGCACCGCACACCAACGGAGGACCUAUACGCCUAGAAGUCGAGCAGCAUCUGCGUCUGUUUCGUCACCCCAGACCAACAAUGGACAAGACGAUGAUCUCGACUUUCAAACUCAACGACCAUUUAGUCGGGGUGUUGAUCACGGACAGGGCAGCGCCAGUGACUCAGGGAGCGGCAAGGUCAUGCCACCUCCGCCACCUCCUUCAAUGAAGGGGAAGCCGCAACACCGUAGACGGUCAAGCACCACCUCAUCCGUAUUUCCCAAUCCACCGCCAGGUAUGGCGAUGUUGACGCUGGACCCGCAGUCCGACGAUCCUGAUUUUGCAGCUCUUGCUUCGUUCUCCAUGACACCUUCACGGCCUCCGUCGUUUGCGUCUUCGAAUCCUAGACCUAUCGGUUCCAAGAACGCUCGUGCUCAAAGCCAUCAUAAGCGGUCACAGUCAUCUGUGGGGAAUGUCUCGCCGACAACGGCUAAUUUCUCGAUGACUGGGUCACCUGGCAGCCUCAACCUGCGACCUGAGGACGAGCUUCAUCUGAAGGACAUGGAUAUCAUGAGCCUCAAUCUGCGUAUAGCCAGCGGCGACGAGAGCGACGGGGAGUAG